AUGACAUCAAAUAUAGCCGAAUUGAUAAAUGCUGCAUUGAAAGCUGGAAGAACGCUACCAAUCACUACAAUGAUGGAAGGCCUUCGAAGUUUAGUUCAAAAAUGGGUAUGGAAAAAUGGUAACGAAGCAAACGGAACAUUCACACAAGUAACAACAGAUACUGAAACUGUGCUUAGAGAAAACUUUAUUCGAGCCAUUAAAUUUAAGGUCUUCCCAUUAAACACUAUACUGUACCAAGUUGUGGUUGAAGACAAAGGAAAUUUUCUGGUCAACCUUAUGGAGAAAACAUGUGAAUGCAAAAGGUUCCAACAAGAUGAAAUAUCGUGUGCACAUGCAAUAGCAGUAUUCGCCAAAACACAGCUGGAAACAUAUGAUUAUGUUGAUGAUUACUACAAAACUAUAACUAUGAAAGCAACAUAUGAGUCAACUGUUCAUCCAUUGCCAAAUGAAAGCGAAUGGACACUGCCAGAGACUUUAAACAAAAUUGUCCUACCACCAAAAUCAAGAAAACUACCAGGCCACCCUAGAAGGAAAGAAUCAGAUCUAGAGGAGAACCAAAAGUGCAGAUAA